AUACCUGUAUACAUCUCCUGAACUCUAUCGACUAAUCAGUACAGCCUGACAGUAAACGUCCUUUCGAGGAUUUUAUUAGCCCUGGGGAAGAGAAAGAGAUGUAAUUACGUCGUCGCCGCGAAUGAAUGGACUGAGGCUGUCUUUUUUUUCCCUCGGCGGCGACUUUUCUUUUAUUUUGCGCGCGCGCACGGAGUAGGCUAUUUAUAGAAAGAGGUUAUGAUACUGAUUCACUUGGAUUUAUUCGCGCUGAUUGUUCCGAAGGAUUUUUACGGGCGACGAGCGCAUUUGUGUUGUACUUGUUUUGCUGCGACGUGUAGAGUGUGCAGCGGACUAGUUGCAAUUAUUAAGAGGAUCGCGCGGGUUGCUCAUAUACUGUGUGUACUCUUCAAUUAUCCGGUGUAGAGCCCCCGCCAUGCUCUCCGAUCCCGAGUCCACCGCAUCCAGUCUUCUCCCAGCCGACUUCACCAGAGCCUUACGACUGCUCCACUCUUCAGAUCCCGGCAGCGUCGACGAGCUGCGCUCCAUACUGGACGCCUCGAUCGCCGAACGCUACGGCCCAUCAAAGACGAUACUCGCCCGUUUGCCGAAAUCGCGCUUCCGCUGCGAGGCCGAACUGAGCUGCGAUGGAGCGUUUACAGAUGCGGGUGGCAACGACGUCGGCGGCAAGGACGAGGUGCCCAGGAUCUCCAUUCCCGACGAGGGACAGGCUGAUGGUGCUGUUUGCAAGGUGUGCAACGUUCCGGAAUUAGGUCCGCUGAUACUGAUUCAAUGUCGAGACUGCGCUGAGUUUUACCACCCACUAUGCCAUCAGCCGCCGGUGAUCGAACUGGACGCUCAAGAUCCCGAUUUUCUUUGGCGAUGCGACGGAUGCGAAAAGAAAGCGGCGGUUCUGGGAAAAACUACUUGUACGUUGCCGAUAGAUCCCAUCAUGCGGAAUCGUGGUGGUUUAGAAACGAAGAAAUGCGCAAAAAAGAAAUUUGGUAAGAAAUCGAUGAAUCACAACUACAGUAUAAGGUGAUCAAGGUUGUUGAGUGUUACAUUCACAUAUUAUGUAUUGGAACAAUUGUUCAUAAGAUUAAAUAAGACUACGCGUGGAUAUUUUUUUGGUAAAUUUAAUUUUACUUUAAAGAGACAAGAAUAAUUUUAUUCUUACAGAAUUGAUGAUUUCAUUUCUUUACAUGUUUGAUUCAAAUAUUUGAUACCAUAUACAAUAUGGACUAAAUCAUUGCACUAUCAAAAUAAAGAGAAGCCAACUUUCUUGAUUGUUCAUCACUUUUAA